ACGAUUGUUUACUGGGCGACACGGUCUUGAACUGAGGUGUAGAUCUGACCCUCUCGCUGUGUACGAACGAUGUCAGCUUGCUCUCUCCUGUAGCAUCAACACUCGGAUAUUUCAAGAUGGCGGCCACCGCCAUUGAUCUGUUAGCAGUUGUCUGGAUGGGGACGUUUGCUGCCAGCGUCCACGUCCCAGAACCUAUGGUGCUGACCGUGGCCCCGAAGCACGUCCGGUUCCACCAGAGCACAACCAUGAUGUGUAGCGCUACAGGGGUGGGCGGAGGGGGACUCAACGUGACGCUUAAAGUCAGGGAUGAGAGCUGUAAAAGCUCUUUCUUCAAACAAACACUGUUCUUUCAGACAGAUGGCAUCCAGAGCGUGACCUUCAACAUGACCACUCGUGACGUCACUCCGACAUCCCAGUAUCUGGUCCUGGAGACUGAAGGUCCAUGGGUUAGAGAAGACAUGAUCCCGAUUCAACGAGAUACAGGAUACAUCAUGGUCCACACAGACAAGCCCACCUACACUCCGUCACAGACAGUCAAGUACCGCGUGGUGGCGCUGGGUGAGGAUCUUGCGUGGGCUCCAUGGACAGUUCAAGUGGAUGUCGUGAGCCCAAAUGGCAUCAUCGUUGACCAGAUCCCCAACCUCGACGCCACGGCAGCCUUCAGCACACGAGAGUUCCACCUGCAUGAGCACGGCAUGCUGGGAAGGUGGCAGGUUCGAGCUUCCUUCCAUCGGGAGGUCCAGUUGACCACAGCAGCAGCAGCAACAUUUGUCGUGGAUGAAUACGUUCUGCCAACAUUCUCGGUGAAGACACAGGUCCGACCGGCCGCCAUUACCCAGGACACGAAGCAAAUCAGAAUCAUUAUGAUAGCCACGUACGUCUUCGGAGAGAGGAUACGGGGUGAAGGUCAACUGAGGCUUGGGGUCAAACAAGGGGACGUUGUGCAGAGGCAGACGGACAAGCUCUACAACGUGAAGUUCAAGUCGGGGAGAGCCGCCAUCAGCAUCAAGACACAUGACCUGACAAAUCUGCCCCAGUGGUGUUCUGACAGAGUCUCUCACCUAUAUAUUGAGGCAAACGUCACUGAGUCGGGCUACGGGGAGACCCAGACUGUGUACCACGUGACCACACCCAUCUCCAAGGACGCCUGGCGGUUGACGUUCCCUAGCGACCAGCACUACUUCCUGCCCUCAAGACCAUUCCUGUUCAGGGGCAUCCUGUCGGACGCGUCUGGGGUGCCUGCCCCUGGGGUCAAGGUGAAGGUCAUCAUGGCGGAUAUCAGACACCAAGUUUCUGCUGAGUCAGCUCAACUGAUGUCGAAACGACUGACUACAAACGCGGAAGGGGUGUUCGGCUUCACACAGAGAAUGCCGGAGCUCGACCGUGUGUCCUUUCAAGUGCAGACAAUAGACAGACGGUACAACACCCAGACUACUGUCGACCACACCGUCCAGGCCCUGACCCCCGAGAAACCCAGGAUCACCCUGCAGGCAGACGUUCCACAGGGAGACGGAGACAAUGUCGCUGUCCAUGUUGGCUACACAUCGUCAGUUAACGACAGUAUGAUGACAGUUCUUGUGGAGGCCCGGGGGCAGACCAUCUACAACCACACCUUUGUAAUGAACGGUACUGACCUCCACACAUUCGAGAUACCGGCGGCCUACAGGGCAGAGUUGUCUCCCCUUGCAAAUGUCCUCGCUUUCUUCACCACACGGGACGGAACAGGAGAACCGGAAGUGAUCUCCAACACGAUGACCCUCGAUGUCCCGGAUGUGUGUCUGGAGGAAGUGUCUCUCAGGAAGUACAACCAGGACGGGGUUCACAGGCCUGGCUUCAACACGAGGUUCCGCAUUGACGGCACAAACAACACCAGGGUCGGGCUGGUGGCCGUCGACCUGUCCGUGUACCUCCUGGCGGGGAGAUCUACACUGUCAAGGCAGGAGAUGUUUCAGACGCUGGCGGGCCACAGCCUCGCUUCGCCUCACAGGGCCCACAGUGAUCCACGCACAAAGACAUGGACUGCGAAUGGUUUUGUUCUUCGAAUCCUGGACAAACCCAUCCAUCGCGACGUCGGCACUCUUACCAUACGGGGCCUCCACGCAAACAGCUCCUCAAUUACCGCCUCGAGGAAAAACCUGCAACCGCAGAAGACCUUUGAGACUGUCCAAUUUGUAGCUCGACAGAACUUCUCUGAAACCUGGUUAUUUGAGGACAUACUUCUUUCCAGACGUAUCCUCCGAGGUGACCGGGCCAUCAUGUACUUAAACUGGACACUUCCGGACAGCCUAACCACCUGGCGGAUGCAUGCGGUGGGCGUGUCUAGUCGCCGGGGCGUGUGUGUCUCCAAAGCUCUGGACUUCACCGUCAGCAAGGAGUUCUUUGUGGACAUACAUAUGCCAUACAAGGUUGUUCGACUCGAGACUGUCAAGGUUAAGUUCUCCGUCUUCAACUUCAAGGCAAAAAGCAUCAAGGUGACGGUGACGGUGACAGCCCCGGAGGAGUUGUGUAUCGUGCGGGAGGCGGGCCGGGGCGUCGCGGCCGACCAGAAACGAGGCGGGCGGACGUUGCGGUACACGGAGCGGAUCAAACCUAACUCCGGGGCGUGGCACGACUACACCUUCGUGGCCCUGAAGCCGGGACACCAUCACAUCCGCGCAGUCGCCAGGUCCGGCCGCGUCACAGACGCCGUACAGAAGGACAUGUAUGUCGUGGCGGAAGGCCGCCGUGUGUCACAGACUGUGACAUUCCAGUUAGACCCGUCUGCUCUACUCCUGCACAACGACACGGGGACAGCCGAUGACAAUAUGGCGGGCACGCGACCAGGGGAAAGAAUUAACACCUCAUGGAGCAAACUGGAAGACGAGCAGACGACAGUUGUUGACCUGGCGCUGCCUCACGACACCAUUCCCGGCACCAGCCACACCGACAUGUUCGCCUACGGGGAUUUGAUGGGGGACGUGGUGAGUGGCGCGAUCCUGCAGUCGGAGUCGUUGAUGGAGGAGACAGCGGUGUUGGGGGGCAGAAGGGUGCUGGGGGAUCUCGCCCCGGCCGUGACGGCCCUCCACUACCUCCAGCACCAGGGAGUCAUCACACACGACCUUGAGGCCAAGGGGAAGCAGUUCGUCAAACAGGGUGUGUCACAGCUGCUCAACUACAGACAUCCCAAAAUGGGGUUCGUGCUGCAGCAGGGACAGCCUCCAGCUACUUGGUUCACUGCGGCAGUUCUACAGACGCUGUGCGUUGUCAAAGAGAUGAACUUGACCUUCGUCGACCAAUCCCUGAUAGAUAAUGGCGCCCAAUGGCUGCUGGGGAGGAUAGGUGACGAAAUCGAGAUGACAGAAGAGUCACCGCGCCGUACCGGGCACACAGAGGCUGACGAUGUCGUGACGUUGGUGGCGGAGGUGCUACUGUCCAUGUUGCAGUGUGAAAAACACAUCAAGAAGAAGGAGUUCCAGGACGUGUCGGAGAUGUUGAAGGUGCAGCUGUGGGCGUUCCUGGAGGAGAGGCUGGACAACAUCUCCAGCUCACUUGCCCUCACCAAGGUCAGUCUGGCGCUGACCAAGGUCAACUCAGAAUAUGCGCACGUCGCCGUCAGGAGCGUCAUCAACAGCAGGAGGAACUCCCCACUGGGUUUCUACUGGUCCGACACUGGCCCGGAAGUGGAAGAGUCGACGAUGUUCAAGGAUCAGGUCGAGGCCCAGUGGGUGGAAGCUACGUCGUUCGCUCUGAUGACGCUGCUGCAUUCGGGGACGUGGUCUGACGUCACGCCCGUCGCCAACUGGCUGGUUCACCACCGGGGCAGACAUGGCGUGUUUGUGGGGAUGAUGGAUACGAUGGCGGCGACUAACGCCCUGGCGAUGUACAGUCACAGACGGCAGUCGCCCGACUCCGACCUGCACUGCAACAUCACGUCACACCAAUCCCAGACCUACCACCAGACCAUAGACUUCUCCCAACAAGAAGCGGUGGUCAAGAAGGGCGUCUCAGGGGCUCCGUCGGGUGAGGUGUACCAGUUCGAUAGUCGAGGAUCACGUCUGGGGCAGAUGCAGAUCGAGACGACGUACAACGUCGCUGUUGGCAAGAACGACCACUGCACCUAUAACCUGAGCGUCUCCAGCGAACCAUUUGACAUCAGCAGCACAGAGACGACACUGUGUAAGCAGUGCGGCUUUGCAUGCCCACACGACACUGAAGGCGAGUCAUCACGCCGGAAGCGGAGCCCAGUUGCCAGCGCCAACAUCAUGUGUGUAGAAGUAUGUCUGCAGUCCUUAACAAAUACUAGCCGCCACAACGUCCGUGUGGACGCAGGAAUUCCUAGUGGUCACAAGAUCAUCCCAGUCACACAAGCAGAGAUGGCUAUCAUGACGAGGAGAAAGACAAUGUACCUCUACAAAAAUGGACUGUUUUCCGUGAUGUUAGAAGAGGUGGCUGAAGGUGAAGAGAUCUGUUUCGGGUUCCGCACCCUGGACAAACAGGAGGUGGCCCAUCACCAGCCUUCCGUUGUCACCAUCAGGGAGGAGCGGCAGAGAGAGCCAUCCUGUAGCCGUGCCUAUGACGCUAAAGACAGCUCGGUGACUCUGCCAGUCCUGUGUUCAGACCUGUCCCAGAGACACAAGGGUGUCUGCAUAUGUGCUUCAGGUACAUGCGGCAAGUGUCUGCCACGCCGCCGUCACAAGAUGAGAACGAAGCACGUGAGGAGACAGCUAUGCGGCGUGGAUUAUGUGUACAAGAUUGAGUCACGGGGGACGGAGGCGGAGGGGGCUUGGCGUCACACGGAAACCACGGUGCUCGAGACCCACAUACAAGGCAGAGACCGGGUAAAGGUGGGGCAGACCCUCACGUUCUCCACCCCCGGGUACUGCACCGUGUGCCCCAACUACAGGGUGGGACAGGCCGUGUACGUGCUUGGGAGGGACGGGGACCGCCUGAGGGAUGACAGCGGGACAGUGAUUUUCAGACACGUCGUGGACGACUCGGUGGUCUUCCUCAACGUCACAACGACGAGGGUCAAGAAGAGAGUAUCUGCUGUGAAAGAAUCGUUUGUGAAGCGAGCCAUCAACUACUACAGGAGAAGGGGGUGCCUUGGUUCCAAGUAGCAGAGACAAGGGAAUCACGUGUUGUGAUAUGUGAACAGUUGGGCCCUGGUCCACGAAGUAGCCCGGUGACAAUACAUUUGCUGCUACAAUAUUCGUGAUUGUAUGUGCGCUUCCACAACGGUUGCUUCAAUGUUCGAGAUUUUAUGAACGCUUCCACAACUAUUGCUACAACUUUCGCGAUUUUAUGAACGCUUCCACAACUAUUGCCACAACUUUCGCGAUUUUAUGUGCGGUUCCACCAACUGUUGAGUCACAAUGUUUGUGAUUUUAUGUGCGCUUCCACCAACUGUUGCCUCAAUGUUUGUGAUUUUAUGACCGAUUACACUACUGCAGCUACA